GAGGCGAAGGAGCCCGGCCCAGGAACCAGGCCCCAGCGAUGGCACAGCAAGAAGAGCUGCCCGUGGGGAAGGGUGAGUCCCGGGACCUCCUCACCAAAGAGAUCGAUUUGGUGGAGAGAGACCCCAAGCAAAUCAACCAAGAGGUGGUCAAGGUGGACUUUGAAGACGUGAUCGCCGAGCCGGAGGGUACCCACAGCUUCGACGGGGUGUGGAAGGCCAGCAACACCACCUUCACCGUCAGCAAAUACUGGUGCUACCGGAUCCUUUCAGGGGCGCUGGGCGUCCCCCUGGCCUUGCUGUGGGGCUUCCUCUUCGCCUGCGUCUCCUUCUGCCACAUCUGGGGGGCCGUGCCCUGCGUCAAGAGCUACCUCAUCGAGAUCCAGUGCUGCGGCCGCUGCUACGCCCUGUGCAUACGCACCUUCUGCGACCCACUCUUCGAAGCCGUGGGCAGGGUCUGCAGCGACGUGCGGGUCGCCCUGCGCAAGGAACGGGCCAAGGACUGAAGCAGCGUCUCAGGCUGGGACA